AUGGCUCCUGCUGAGCCGCAUGCUAUUCCCUUCAGGGCAAAGGGCGAGAUUCCCGAGUUCAAGGAAGAGAGGGAGGGCUGGAAGGGCUACAUUGAGUGGGAGAAGUACCCAGAGAAGAAGAAGCAGGUUGAGGAUCUCAUGGCACAAUAUGACUUCCCUGACCCACCUCAAUUCCAACUCGGACCGUUGCCCGACACCAACCCUAUUCUCACAGGUGAACGAUGGAAGCAGUAUCACUAUGCCCUCGGACUGGGACACCUCGUCGACACUAGCUGGGACAUUGUCAAGAAGGAAAAGGCCGAGGACAUGAUCCACGUGCUCCAGUUUCCGUACAAUGGCGAGACCCCGCGUAAACGCCUUGUCGAGAAAGAGUUCACCGACAACAAAGACCACUUCGUCCGCAACCACGGCGGCAUCCCCGAGAUCGACGAGGACAAGUACACGCUCGACAUCACGGGCCACGUUAACAACCCGCAGACCCUCACCCUCCACGACCUCAAGACCAAGUUCCCGCACCAGAGCAGCGUCGUCUCUCUCCAGUGCUCUGGCACACGCCGCAUCGAGCAGAUCGCGCAGUAUCCAGGCGACGGCGACGAGCUCAUCAAUGCCCCCUGGGGCGAGGGCGCUAUCGGCACGGCCCGCUGGACGGGCGUCAGCUUGAAGAAGGUGAUCAAGUACUGCGGCGGUCUGAAGGAAGGCGCAGGCCACCUAGAAUUCUUCGGCGCCGACACGUACUUCAAGAAGGGCAAGGUGUACAACUACGCCGUGAGCGUGCCGUGGCGCAAAGUGAAGCUGAACGAGGUCCUCCUCGCGUGGGAGAUGAACGGCGAGCCGCUGCCCAAGAUCCACGGCUUCCCGCUGCGGACCGUCGUGUUCGGCUACAUUGGCGCGCGGAGCACAAAAUGGCUCACCGAGGUCCGGGCCAUCCCGCACGAGAGCGCAGCACCAGUGCAACGGCGGGAGUACAUCUACUAUACGCCGCAGAUAGGGAAGCAGAACGUCAAGUAUAGCAAUGGCUUCUCGAUCCAAGACAUGCCCGUGUCGUCAGCCAUUAUGACGCCCAAGGACAUGGAACAGAUCGUCCACGACGGCAAGGUGACGCUGCGCGGCUGGGCGUACUCGGGCGGCGGGCACUGGCCCGUUCGAGUCGAGGUCAGCUCCGACGGCGGCUCUGUGUGGUACGAGGUGCCGUACGACAAGAUGACUAAGAAGUACUUCCACGCGUGGCGGCUCUGGGAGAUUGAUAUGCCCGUGGACGCGGAGGGAUGGCUGGAGUUCUGCGUGCGGACGUGGGACAACUCGUGCAACACACAGCCUACCUAUGUGCGGUCUGCUUGGAACUGGGACCUCCACGUCACGUCCUCGUGUCACCGCAUCAAGAUCUACAGCAUGAACCGGUCCCGGCCCGCGACAGCCGCCAGGCUGAAGAAGCUCGAGGAAAAGGGGGAUCCCAUUGUGCCGAUCACGCACCCCGUCAAGAUCGAUCUGGAGUCAGAUGAGGAGUACGAGAGAAACAUGGCGGCGCAGGGUGGCCGGGACCCGGAGGAGUGA